UUAUCACUAAUAAGCCGUAGUAAUUUAUUAUGUAAAUUUAGAUUAUUAUACAAAAUUAUGUGAAAUCAGUUGUAUCUCUCAUUAAUUAUUUAUUGAAAAAACUGGUAUAUGAAUUUAAAUGAAGGUUCUACAUAUAAUAUCUGCAAUUUAAAAAAAAAAUUUUUAUUGGAAUAAAUAUGGAUGACUUAAAUGAUACUCGUAGUACCAAUAGAACAUCACAAAGCUUUAAAGUUGUUUUACUUGGUGAAGGAUGUGUUGGGAAAACUUCGUUAGUUCUAAGAUAUACUGAAGAUAAAUUUAGUAAUAAUCAUAUCAGCACUUUACAAGCUUCAUUUGUAAAAAAAAAACUUAAUAUUAAUGGACGACGAGUAAAUUUAGCAAUAUGGGAUACUGCAGGACAAGAACGAUUUCAUGCUUUAGGACCAAUAUAUUAUCGAAUGUCUAAUGGUGCCAUACUAGUCUAUGAUAUAACUGAUGAAGAUUCAUUCCAAAAAGUGAAAAACUGGGUUAAAGAAUUAAAAAAAAUGUUGGGUAAUGAAAUAUGUCUUGUAAUUGCUGGAAAUAAAACAGACUUAGAAAAAGAUCGCACUGUGUCAAUUGAAGAUGCAGAAAAUUAUUCCCGUUUAGUUGGUGCUAUUCAUUGUCAUACAUCAGCUAAAAUGAAUUUAGGUAUUGAAGAUUUAUUCCUUAAUCUUUGUCAUAUAAUGAUAGAAAAAUCAGAUAAACAGACUGCUGAAGAUGUAGUUUCAUUAAACCGUUCAGGAAAUACAAGAAGAACAGUAAUAGUCGAUGAUGAAGAUGUCACAUUAGUUGAAGGAUCAUCACGAUGGUGUUGCACUAGUGGAUGAUAAGUUGAAAUUAUACUAUUUACUUACUUUACCAUAUUUAACUCCUUUAGAAAUUGAAUAAAUCUAAUUUGUGAUAUAUUUAUGAUAUAAUGUUUAGAAAAUAUAUAUUUAUUUAAGAAAUGUAUAAUUUGUACUACUUAUUUGUAAAAUCUUGAUCAACUAGGCAUUAGAUUUAAAUGAAAAUUUUCAUAAAUGUUACCUUUAUUAUUAUUGAACUCUUAACUUAAAAGGGUUAAUUUACGGUUACCU